CUUCUGUACACUUUCACUUCCCCUCCGCUCUUCUCUCAUUCUCUCUCUCCCCUUCUCCCUCUUCAUUCUCUCUCUCUUUCUCCCUCUCUCAAUCUUCCUCUCUCUCACACACACAAAUACACGCCCGUUUGAAACCAAAUACUUUGCUUCAGCUUUGCACCUGCGGUGCGAGCCGGCUUCCUCGAUUCACAUUCCAUUGACAGAGGGGGAAUGGCCACGGUGCACAGCUGCGGGCGCCGAGUGACCGAUGAGGCAAACGGAAAGGAGAAGAGAGACGCGAUGGCUGAAGAGGAGGCCGGCCAGGAGACGAACCUCGGGGCCUACUCGCCGGUGGAUUACAUGAGCAUCACCAGCUUUCCACGGCUGCCCGAGGACGACGCGGGCUCCACUGAGAAUGUUCUGCGCUACCGCAAAGAGGACGAUUCAUCCCUUUGUGAUCCGGAUACAACAGAUCCUGACCUGUUCCUGAAAACAGCCCGCCUGCAACGCCUGCCCUCCUCCUCCUCUGAGAUGGGCAGUCAGGAGAUAUCGCCACUGCGAGUGACCAACAAGGAUCCAUUUUCUGGUGACUGCGCCUGUCGCCAGGAUGGCUUGACCAUCAUCAUCACCGCCUGUUUAACAUUUGCAAUCGGAGUCACCAUCGCCUUGAUUUUGCAGAUAUAUUUUGGAGACCCACAGAUCUUUCACCAAGGAGCAGUGGUUACAGAUGUGGCCCAUUGCUCUGCAGUUGGUACUGAAAUACUGAAUCGUGGAGGCUCUUCAGUGGAUGCAUCUAUUGUGUCUGCGUUAUGCCUCGGAAUUAUCCAUCCCCACAGCUCUGGAAUUGGAGGGGGUGGAGUCAUGUUAGUUCAUGAUAUCAGGAAGAAUGAAAGCUUCAUCUUUGACUUCAGGGAGACGGCUCCAGCAGAGGCCGAGGAACAGAUGCUCACACGUGGCUGGGAGGAUAAGCCUGGUCUCUUGGUAGCUAUCCCAGGUAUGAUACGAGGAUUUCACCAGGCCCACCAACUCUAUGGCAGAAUCUCCUGGUCUGAGUUAAUGUCUUCAGCAUCAAAAUUUGCACAGGAAGGUUUUAAUGUCAGUCAGGAACUUGCUAAAGCAAUUGAUCAAGUAAAGGACAAAAAUAUGUCGGAGAUUUUCCGCGAAAUCUUCCUGCCGUAUGGGCAACCACUGCAGCCAGGGUCUUUCAUGAAACGCUUGGAUCUGGCGGCCACUUUAAAUGCGAUUGGCACGGAGGGUGCUUCAGCAUUUUACACCGGGAAUAUUACCGAAGAAAUGGUUUCUGAGGUUCGGAGUAAAGGCGGAGUGCUCACUGCCGAGGAUUUUGCUAACUACAGCGUGAUUGUCAAGAAGCCAAUUGAAGGAUCAUACCAAGGUCGUUUUGUGCUCACUGCUCCACCCCCACAUACGGGACCCGCACUCAUUGCUGCUCUCAACAUUUUGGAAGGCUUUAACAUAACGACCCAGGCAUCCAGGAAUCUGACCUAUCACUUACUCACAGAGACAUUGAAAAUUGCCUUAGCUCUUGCAAGCAGUCUCGGAGACCCUUUCUUUGAUUCCACAACAAAUGAGGUGACAGAGAAGAUGAUAAGCAAAUUGGAAGCCAAUUCUCUGCGUCAGCUGAUUAAUGAAAGUGUGGCCUUCCCUCCAAACCACUACCUCCCCCUCUAUUCCCUGAAGACUGGGCCUUCCGCAAGCCAAGUCCAUGUUAUCGGACCUGAUGACUUCAUCGUUUCCAUUGUAAGCUCUCUGAACCGGCCCUUUGGCAGUGGGAUCAUGACAACCUCCGGGGUCCUUCUGAACAGCCAGAUGUUGGACUUCUCCUGGUCGGAUCAAACGCAGGACGAUCUGACAGUGAACAUGAGAAAUAUUAUUCAAGCUGGCAAAAGGCCUCUGUCCUUCUUGUUGCCGACCAUUGUCCGGCCAUUGCAAGGCGUGUGCGGAACGUACCUGGCCUUGGGAGCAUCCAGUGGAACCAAGGCCCUGAGCAGUGUUACUGAGGUCUUGUUGAACGUAUUCUCUUUCCACAAGCAACUGAAUGAAAGCCUGGCUCUCGGCCGGCUCUACGCCCAGCUCCAGCCAGAUGUUUUGCUCGUCGACAAUGAAUUUCCAGAGGAAGAUAUGGAAUACCUUGCGGAGAGAAAUCACACAGUGAUGAGAGAGGACAUCUUUUCCUUGGUCCAUGUAGCCAAGAGGAUAAAUGAUUUCAUCACUGGUGCCAAGGACCCCCGAAGUAGUGAGGCUGCGGUGGCUGUCAUCUCCUAGCUGAAAAACAUUUGUUUCCCCUCUUUCCCUUUGCUCUUUUGGUUCGCUGUGAUGUCAGAAAAAUGAGAGACAAAGGUUAGCAGUGAAGAACAAUGGUCGUGAAAAACAGUAAGAGGAGAAUCAAAAUCCUGGAUAUGCUACCCUUCAUCUUGAGCCUGGCUAUCACUGAUGUAUCGGACUUGAGAUGGCCACUCAUCUGCUGUUCACCAUUGUUGUCUGGAGUAGAACUCAUGUCAUUCUGCCUCAGAAUCAUUGUGAAAUAUAUAAUUACUUGGCAAUACUUUUCCUGCACACACCCCACCGUUCUCCCUGGUUUUCUCACUCCAUACUCCAGUGAUUCCAAGGAUUCUCAAGAUCCUGGAAGUGUUAAGCCAUCGUUCAAUUGUGAACCCAGUGAUAUAACUGACAGCGCUCGUUCUAGGAGGCAAUUGUUAGUUUCUUUAUGUUAUCCCACUGAUGUGCUGUGCUUAGAGUACAAUUUGUUAUAUUUAAAAGUUGAAGCUAACAAAAGUCUGGCGACACACACAAAGCGCUGGAGAAACUCAGCAAGUCAGGCAGCAUCUAUGCAUACUUAUGGCCAGCACCCCAACUGGGGCGUAGGCCAUGGACAGCAGCUGUCCAGAGUGCUCUGUCCUGGGCCAGUCUUUCAAGUUGUCCCAGGUGUAACCUAUUUUAUUUAUUUAUUUAGAGUACAAGUCCUUCUGCCCCCACAAGCCACAGUGCCAAGCAACCCACCUAUUCAACCCUAGCUUAAUCACAGGACAAUUUACAAUGACCAAUUAACCUACUAACUGCUACGUCUUUGGACUGUGGGAGGAAACUGGAGUACCCGGAUGAAAGCAUCAAGAUCUUUCCUCUCCCAGGGUGCUUCUGUUGGUGUUUCUUUCGCUCUGGGCUUUUAUGGAAUGGGGUUGCUAGCUGCAUGCCCAGCCUUCCUCAUUUCACAGCCAGGCUCGGGGCCACCCAUGGCAGAGUUUGGCAGCAUCUAGGGGGAGGAAUACACAGUCAAUGUUUGAUAAACGUCCUGAAGAAGUGUCUUGUCUUGAAACUAUGACUGUUUAUUUCUCUCCAUAGAUGCCGCCUGAGCUGCUAGGUUCCUACAGCAUUUUGUGUGUGCUGCUCUGGACUUUCAGCAUCUGCAGAAGUCUGCCAAGCUUUAACACAUCCUGUUGUGAUUACCCUGUUGACAUAGGAAUAUAGAAAACCUACAGCACAAUACAGGCCCUUUGGCCCACAAAGCUGUGCCGAACAUGUCCUUACCUUAGAAAUUACUAGGCUUACCUAUAGCCCUCUAUUUUUCUAAGCUCCAUGUACCUAUCCAAAAGUCUCUUAAAAGACACUAUCGUAUCCGCCUCCACCACCGUUGCUGGCAGCCCAUUCCACGCACUCACCACUCUCUGAGUAAAAAAAUUACCCCUGACAUCCCUGUACCUAAGUUGGUUACCCAGAGUAAUGGACUGGAAUGUCUCAGUGGGUAAUGGAGAAAUGCAGAGGAAUCCCCUAACCACGAGUGCAGCCCAUGCGUACUGACAGUGUGCUGUACUCAGUCUCCAAACCGCCCACUGCACCCACUACGUCCUCUUCAAUUUGGCCAUGGUGCAAAUCCACAGGAAGAUCAGUCACCCAAACUAGUCCCAUCUCUGCUUUGACCCCCUCCAUAUUUUCAGUGAGUAUCUGAAGGUGGCUCACUCAUGGGGAGCAGGAGCCACUGUCCGUGGGGGGGCCUCCCGACCAGCGCGGCAACACUUUGGAGGUGACCGGUCAUUUGUGGCGGCACGGUGGCGUAGUGGUUAACACAAUGCUUUACAGUACAGGCAACCUGGGUUCGAUUCCCACCACCGUUUGUAAGGACCUUGUAUGUUCUCCCUGUGACUGCCUGGGUUUGCUCUGGAUACUCUGGUUUCCUCCCACAUUCCAAAGACGUAGGUUAAUUGGCCCCAUGGGUGUAAUUAGGCAGUGUGGGCUCAUUACGCUAGAAGGGCCUGUUACCGUGCUGUAUCUCUAAUUAAAAAAUAAUAAUAAUAUAGAAGUUUACAGCACCAUACAGGUCCUUCGGCCCAUGAUGCUGUGCUGACUUUUUAACCUACUCUGAGAUCUAGGACCUUCCUGCCCAUGUAGUCCUCUAUUUUUCUAUCAUCCAUGUGCCUACCUAACAGUCUCUUAAAUGUCCCCAAUAUAUCUGACUCCACCACCACCUGACUGUAAAGGGGAAGCAGUUGUUCCUAAAAUGUUGAGUGUGCAUCCUCAGGCUCCUGCACCUCCUGCCUGAGAGUAAUAAUGAGAAGAGGCCAAGUCCUAGACGGUGAGCAUCCUUAAUCAUAGACGCCACCUGCGUGAGGUAUUGCUUUUUGAGGAUGUCCUCGAUGGUGGGGAGGUUUGUGCCCGCGCUGGAGCUGGCUGAGUCCACACCCCUCUGCAGAGUUUUCCGAUCCCGUGCAGUGGCACCUCCAUAAAUCACCAAAUGAACCCUGAGAGUCUUGGCAGAAAUCAGUCAUUUGGUCACGCUGCAUUUAAAUAAGAUAAGCAUUCCAUUUUGAAACUGUGCUGACACUGGAGAGGGUUCAAAGGUGGUUCGCAAGAAUGAUUCCAGGAUUGAAAGGCUUAUCCUAUGAGGACCGUUUGAUGGCUCUGGGCCUGUACUCACUGGAAUUCAGAAGCGUGGGGCGGAGGUGGGGGGAUCUCUUUGAAGCCUAUUGAAUAUCGAAAGGCCUCGAUGGAGUGGAUAUGGAGAGGAUGUUUCCUAUGGUGGGGGAGUCUAAGACCUGAGGACACAGCCUCAGAAUAGAGGGACGCCCAUUUAGAACAGAGAUGGUGAAUCUGUGGAAUUCGUUGCCACAGGCGGUUGUGGAGGCCGAGCCAUUGGGUAUAUACAAGGCAGAGGCUGAUCGGCUGUUGAUUAAUAAAGGCAUCAAAGAUUAUGGCAAAUGGGUUUGAGAGGGAUAAUAAAUCAACCUAGGUAGAAUGGUGGAGCAGAAUUGAUGGGCCAAAUGACCUAAUUCUGCUCCUAUAUCUUAUGGUCUUGCCCUUUUCCUGCACCCACCUCGUUCUAGGUCAUUGGCACCUAUUUUCUCCUGCCAGAUGGCGAUGAAUCAGUGGAAUUUAUUGCCACAGACGACUUUGGAGGCCAAGUCAUUGGGUAUAUUUAAGGCAGAGGUUGAUUAAUUCUUGAUUAGUCAGGGCUUGAAGGGAUACAGGGAGAAGGCAGGAGAUUGGGGCUGAGAGAGAAAUGAUGACAUGGCGGAGCAGACUCGAUGAGCCAAAUGGUCCCUCGAAUUCUGCUCCUAGAGAGAAAGGAGUGACAGAAAGUGAUUUCUACUAUUGUUCAUGAAUGUUGGCAGACACAUUCAUUUACAAGCAAGACAAGACCUAUGGCUAUUCAACCAGAAUUACUUUGUAGUUUCUUUCCAGUACACUUACAAACCGUUAAAGUUGUUUCCCUUUCCUCCUCAGUAGCUCAAUUCCACUGAACAUUUUCAAAAGUCCCCUUCAAUAAAGAUCACACUAAUUAAUUCAAAAUAGUUUUUACUUUUGGUUUUACUUCAGAGGUUUUCCCCAGCUUACAGUCGUCCAGCUUAUGAAUAGCCUGCACAUUCGCAUGAGCAAGCAUUUGGAGAUGGGUGGGAUGGAUUUGCUGGCCACAAUUUGUAGGCAUCUGCUGGAUGGGAAGUUGAUUUGCAACUGCAAUUCCUACUUGUGAAUAGUUUGCAGGAACGGAAUGCUACUGUAACCUGGGGAUGAUCUGUAUUUGUCUGUCAAAGUACAGUACAUGGCCUCUUGAAGUACACACGCAGUGGCCACUUUAUUAUGUAACUCCUGUACCUAAUACAGGGGCCACCAAGUGUGUGUUCAUGGUCUUCUGCUGCUGUAGCCCAUCCACUUCAAGGUUUGAUGUGUUGUGCAUUCAGAGUUACUCUUCUGCACACCACUGUUGUAAUGUGUGGUUAUUUGAGUUACUGUCACCUUUCCGUCAGUGUGAACCAGUCUGGCCAUUCUCCUCUGACCUCUCUCAAUAACAAGGCAUUUUCGCCCACAGAACUGCCACUCACUGGAUGCUUUUUUGUUUCUCGCACCAUCCUCUGUCAACUCUAGAGGUUGCUGUGUGUGAAAAUCCCAGGAGAUCAGCAGUUUCUGAGAUACUCAAAUCACCCUGUUGGGCACUAACAAUCAUUUCACAGUCAAAAUCACUUAGAUCUCAUCUCUUACCCAUUCUGAUGUUUUGGUCUGAACAACAACUGAAUGCUUUUAUGUCUGUAUGCUUUUAUGCAUUGAGUUGAUUUUUUGAAUAGAUAUUUGCAUUAAAAAGCAGGUGUUUAGAGUAUCUAAUAAAGUGGCCACUGAGUGUAUAUUGUACUUCAUUUGACUUUCCU